UCCCUUAAAACCAAUAAAAUAGUACUUCUCUGCAACGGUAACUAGUCUGCAAGCCAAACGAAGAUGCUCUCGCUGAUAUAUACGUGUACAUCCUACUCAAAAUCAAGGACGCCCACCGCGCCCCCCUACGUCAGAGAAGAGUCAUGUCCGCCUUGGAAGCUCGAGUCUCUCUCGUCUUCGCCCUAGCUUCCCAGCAGGCUUCUUCCCUCUCUAAGGAAAUUAAUUGCUCCAACAAUUCUAACUUAUUUGCUCUCGUUUUCAGUCUAUUCAAAACUUCGCUGAUCCUUUUUUUUCUUUUGGCCUCAGUUUUGAUGGAUGUGGCGAGUGAUACCGCGAAAUAUGUGUUUCAAAGAGUUCCGGAUCUUGAGACGGUUGAAUAUGAAGUUUUGAGUAGGAGAGACAAGUACGAGAUUAUAGUAGUUGAGCCAUACUACAUAGCAGAAACAAAAAGAUGGUGGAUGUAAAUCCUACUAAAACCAAGGACGCCCACCACGCCCCUACGUCAGAGAAGAGUCAUGUCCGCCUUCGAAGCUCGAGUCUCUCUCGUCUUCGCUAUAGCUUCCCAGGCUUCCUUCCUCUCUAAGGGAAGCAAUUGCUCCAACAAUUCUACGUUUAACUACUUUUACUAACUUAUUUACUCUCUUUUUCAGUCCAUUCAAAACU